AUGCAUGGUGUGCUACCGAGGAGGAACCAUGGCCGUGUACAUGGUAGCAUAUGCUAUGACCUAUCAUUUAUCUAUUUUGCUUUUCCUCAGCAAAAAGAUAAACCUGGCAGUGAAUUUUUCCAGGAAAACUUAAUUGCAUCAACACUUAACCUGUUUUUUGCUGGAACAGAAACAACUGCCACUACGAUCCGUUAUGGAGUCCUUCUUCUGUUAAAAUAUCCUCAUAUUCAGGAAAAGGUUCGUGAAGAAAUAGACCAUGUAAUUGGCCAUAAUCGAUGCCCUGCUAUGAAUGACAGAAAAAAUAUGCCAUAUACAGAUGCAGUUAUACAUGAGAUCCAGCGCUUCAUUGACCUGGUUCCCAUGUCUGUCCCUCACUGUGUACUGCAAAACACCAAAUUCAGAGGGUACACUAUUCCAAAGGGUACCUUAGUGAUUCCUCUGCUCUCAUCAGUACUGCAUGACAAAACAUACUUUGAAAAUCCAGAAACAUUCGACCCAGGACAUUUUUUGGAUGAAAAUGGUCGUUUUAAAAUGAAUGAUGCCUUCAUGCCAUUCUCAGCAGGAAAGCGAAUUUGUCUUGGACAACCCUUGGCUCGGAUGGAGAUUUUUUUGUUCCUUACAACACUCCUGCAGAAUUUUACAUUUAAAGCACUUGUUGAUCCAGAGAAGAUUGAUGUGAAAGCAGAAAACAGUGGUUUUCUGAAUAUACCACAGGCUUUCAAAGUUUGUGUUAGUAGUCGCAAACCAUUCUAGUGUCAUGCAGAAAAUAAAUAUGAUUAUAUCACUUA